GCGCUCCGCCCCCCACACGCUGCUCUCUGCCUGUCACAUGUGGCAGUGUCCGCAUCCUCAGACUGUCAGUAAAGUUCGAUUGAGCUCCCAGCCAUGCCGGGAAAUGUAGUCUCGCGAAGGAGCCUGGGAAAUGUAGUGUGCCAGUAUGCAGCGGACUUCUACAGACUGGCAGCGUGUUAGAGUCAGAGAAGACACAGAGGAGUUUAAUGUGUAGAUGGCUUCAGACUGUGAAAGAGAUGAAGAGCCCAAACCUCCAAUUGAAGAAGAGCCGCAGUCUCCUGUUGAUGAACCACAGUCUCCAUCAGAUGGCCAGUCCACCUUACCUGGCGAUGACCAGCGAUGGAAAUGUCUGCUAUUUUAUCUUUGUUUUUAUGGCUUCAUGAACCAACUACGUCCUGGAGAAAGCUUCAUCACCCCAUACCUACUGAGCUCAGAACGCAAUUUUACCAAAGAGCAGGUCACCAAUGAAAUUACCCCAGUGCUGAGUUACUCAUACAUGGCGGUAUUGGUGCCGGUUUUCCUGCUGACAGAUUACCUACGUUAUAAACCAGUGUUGAUCCUGCAAAGCCUCAGUCACAUCGCAGUAUGGUUGAUGCUCAUCUUUGGUACUGAUGUCAUCACCAUGCAGUUUAUGGAGUUCUUCUAUGGCAUCACCAUGGCAGCACGUGUCGCCUACUCAUCCUACAUCUUCUCAUUGGUAGCUCCUGCCAGGUACCAAAGGGCAGCAGGAUUCUCUCGGUCAUCUGUGCUCCUGGGGGUCUUCCUCAGUGCUGUCCUGGGGCAGCUUUGUGUCACAUUGGGUGGUGUCCCUUUUCAGACUUUAAACUAUAUGUCUCUUGGCUUCAUGAUAUUUGGACUGAUACUCACCUUGUUUCUGCAGCGCCCCAAAAAAAGCCUUUUCUUCAAUAAAACUGUUUCUAAGCAUGAGAAUGGAAUCAACAAUUCGGAGCUGCAAAAGAUGAAUCCUGAAGGCAAGGCUGGUGGCUGGCGCUCUAGAUGGAGAGACUCUGUGUUCAUCCGAAUGCUUGCCGAGCUCAAAGGAAUUUUCCGUCACCCCCAACUACGCAUUUGGUCUCUUUGGUGGAUCUUUAACUCGGCCGGCUACUACCUUAUGCUGUACUAUGUUCAGAUUCUGUGGAAUGAAAUUCACCCUACCAGAGACAACCGAAGGGUAUAUAAUGGGGGUGUUGAUGCUGCCUCAACACUUCUUGGAGCCAUGACCUCUUUUGCUGCCGGCUAUGUGAAGAUUCGCUGGAGUCUGUGGUCAGAAUUGGUCAUCGGGUCAGUGACUGCCUUGCAGGCUGGACUUCUCCUACUAAUGAACACGACUACAAAUAUCUGGGUGUGUUACGUGGCUUAUGUUCUAUUCCGGAGUUCCUACCAGUUUCUGGUUCCCCUUGCAAUCUUUCAGAUUGCAAGCUCUUUGUCCAAGGAACUUUGUGCGUUGGUGUUUGGGGUUAACACUUUCUUUGCAACGGUCUUGAAAUCUAUAAUUACUUUUGUGAUUGCUGACAAAAGAGGCUUGGCACUUUCCGUACACCCCCAGUUUUAUGUUUAUUUUGGCUACUUUACGCUGCUGGCUGUCGUGUACCUUGGAGCAUCUGUCUGGGUUAUCAUCCAACACAACCGACGGAAGAAUACUAGAGCAGAUCCCCAGGAACAGCCAGAAACCGCCGGUGAACAAAAGGGGGCAACUAACAUUCCUAACAAAGAGUCCCAAGCAUGAAAGUCUCUUCAUAGCCAGACUUAGGUAGACAGUAUUACAAUGUUGGCCCGGGCACAGCCAGCUUGUGCUGCAUACAGGGUUACCGUUAGUGGGUACGUUUUUAGGAAUAGUGAAACCAGGCGGUGCUAGUAUCAAGCUAUAAACUGUAAGCACCAUGUGCGAUCGUUCCCUCUUGCCGCAUCCAUCGAUGCAGGAGCGCUUCAUUGGGCAUAGCCUUGAGUCAUUCAAUGUGGAUGCUGCCUGGAGGACGGGUGAGAAGUGAUUGCAUUCAAUGCAGUGAAGUGCCGCUAAAGACUCUCAGGAAUUUGGUUCUUGUUUGCCAAGGAACAGAUUUUCAUAUAUGAUGUGAACAGAUCUUUAAUAGAAUAAGCCUGUAAGACCUAGAAAAGAGUUUCUUCUCACUGCACAUAUUUCAGCAGAUUUCUUUCACCAAGUUCUUCCUCAUAACUGAAUCACUGUCGUUCUUUUUUUUUUUUUUUCUUUUAAAGGUUAUUUUUAUUGAGCUCAGUCACUGUAGUUUUUAAUCAUUGCACUACUUGGAUUUCUUAACGUAAUUAUUUAAUAGGACUGUGUGAUAUGCACUUACACAUUUUGGUUACUUACUGCACUUUGCAUUGUUUUAUUAAAUCUCAACGCCAGCCAAAAACAUUUUUUCUUCAUUUUGGACAGAAGGACUAUGAGUUAGAUCCUCCCUGUCGUGUUUUUUUUUUUGGUUGUUUUUAUUUGCUGAGCUGUCCCCCUUGUUUCCUUCCAUACUGGAUUGACGUUAAUGGUACAUUCUACUGUGACACAUAUAAGGGUCACAGGCACAACCAGGAACUGUAAAGUAAAAGUAUAAGCUGUCAUUUCUGUAAAUACAAAUUUUGGUAGGGCAUUGUAAGGAAUACUAGGAGUAAAUGAGUGAUGGGCUCCCUCUACAGGGUAAAAAGUGCACUUAGUUUUUUUAGCUCUUUAUGUACAGUACAUUUUGAUGAUCCAUAAAGGAAACACAGCUGUGCUGUGUACAUUGCUUCAUACCUCUGUAGCACUUGGACCAAAAUAAAAAAAAC